CGGGCUUGGCAGGGGGCGGGGGCCAUUGAGUAAAGCCUUGCGUGCCCGCGCCUGCGACGGAGGCGCGCUUCAAGGCGCAGGCGCGGGGAGGGGGUGGGGGAGGAGGGAAAGCGGCGAGUAAGAUGGAAGAUGAGGAGGUCGCUGAGAGCUGGGAGGAGGCGGCAGACAGCGGGGAAAUCCAAAUCUCCUCCCAAAGUGCCCAUUGUGAUUCAGGACGAUAGCCUUCCCACGGGGCCCCCUCCACAGAUCCGCAUCCUCAAGAGGCCCACCAGCAACGGUGUGGUCAGCAGCCCCAACUCCACCAGCAGGCCAGCCCUUCCAGUCAAGUCCCUAGCACAGCGGGAGGCAGAGUACGCCGAGGCCCGGAAGCGGAUCCUGGGCAGUGCCAGCCCUGAGGAGGAGCAGGAGAAACCCAUCCUCGACAGGCCAACCAGGAUCUCCCAACCCGAAGACAGCAGGCAGCCCAAUAAUGUGAUCAGACAGCCUUUGGGUCCUGAUGGGUCACAAGGCUUCAAACAGCGCAGAUAAAUGCAGGCAAGAAAGGAUGCCGCCGCUGCCGCCGUCACCGCCUCCUGGGUCGUCCGCCACGGGUUGCACUGCCGUGGCAGACAGCUGGACUUGAGCAGAGGGAACGACCUGACUUACUUGCACUGUGAUCCCCCUUGCUCCGCCCACUGUGACCUUGAACCCCAUGCACUGUGACCUCCCCCCUUCUCCCCUCUUCCCACUGUGAUUGGCAUGUCGACAAGGGCUGUCCCAAGUCAAUGGAAAGGGAAAGGGUGGGGAUUAGGGGAGGGUUGGGGGGACCCACCAAGGACUCAGAGUAGAGAGUCAGACAGUGCCACUUGGCCACUUGGGGUAAAGCCAGUGCCAGCAAUAACAGUUUAUCAUGCUCAUUAAUUUGGGAUUUUAAAACACAAAUGAGAACUCCUGCCCACCCACCCCCAAGUGCAUGUCUUCAUCACUUAAAAAGUAAGUUCCAUUUGAAAAUAUCCUUUUUUUUUUUUUCACCUAUUUUUGUUUGUUUAUACAAGUAUCUGAUUUGCAAGAAAAAGCGCAUGGGAGGGAUUUUAGCAGUUUAAUGAAUUUUUAAUUGAGAAAAGGUAGUUUGGUAGUCUACUUAAAAAAUGUUUCUGGGACAUUCACUAGAAACAUUAACCAAUAGGAUUUUGGUGAGCUUAGCUUCUGUAUUCCUACUGCCGCCCAGAAAAGGGGCAGGGCUCUGCAGCCCCCAGGACAGAUGAGCACCCCAUGCCUAUACCUCCCUCCCCCAGCUAAGUCCCAGGGCAUCUUGGCCUUGCCUGGAGACUGGGCUAGCUCUGUAGGCUCAGAGAGCCAGGGGAGGGUGCCAACCCCACCUCUAGUAUUUUGGGAGAUAGGGAAAGUGAACAGACUUCCCCUUCCCAUAUCCCUCAGGGUGGUUCCCUACCAGCCAGACUUGCUACUUCUAGAAGAAAGCAGGUAGUAUCAGGGAGUGAGACCGCACUCCUGGAUUUAGAAAUAAAGGACUCAAGACUUGUUCAGUAUUUUGCUGACCAGGGGAGAGUCUGGCUCCAGGACUCUGAGCCUUCUGCCUAAUGUGGUCAGAAGGUGGCUAGAUCUUCCCACUCCAGCAAGGCGUGAACUCUUAAGGAUUUGCGGUGCUCCAUCUCUGUUACUGGCCCUAGCUCAGUAACUUUACUUGGUACAUUUCCUGUGUGAAAUCAGUACCUUGGGAGCAGACCAUUCUGAAUAAAGUUGGGAAAAGGAAAGUUUUGCAUUGCAAAGAUGAUGACAGACGGUUCCCUGUAGACCUAGGCUACCCUUCACCCCUUUUUCCAGAGCAAGGGCCAGGAAUGAAGGCAGUUCUUCCUCUGUCCCUAGAGAUUUGCUUUGGCUCCUAGAGGUGGAAGAGGCAGCUGCCUAGAGCAGCUCUAUGUGUGUAGUACAACCUCUCAGGCUUUGUGGUCCCUUCUCUUGCACUGCACCUUAUCCCUCAGCCAGCCAGACGGCCUCCCCACUCCUGACCAGCAGACAAGUUUUGGAGUGCUUGGUGUGGUUUUGUGAUUAGGGUAGCACAUGGUGGCCAAGGUGGCAAGCUAAGUUUCACUGGCUCACUCCACUUUUGGUUCACCUAGCUCUCAGCCUUGCAGGAGCUGUGGGAAUGGUAGGCCAGGCCCAGCAAGCCAUGUUCCACUAUAUCUUCCCCUUAGGAGGAAGGGCCAGCUGCCAGUUGAGUCAGUGACUGGUCCAUAGCACAGCCUUAUAGCUGUGUGAAGCCAGGAAUUUUUCUUAAGCAGAGCUGGAACAGAGCUUCAGUAAGUAAGAGGGGGAAUUAUCUCCAGGAGUGGGUGAGGAAGAAAAUUGGCUGCUAUCUUUAUAGUUCCACUGCCCUGACCAAGUGUCCACAUUCUAAAUGUAUAGUGUCCAUCCCUCGUGUAAUAGUGGUUUCUGGCCCAACGUGAGACUGUCCUUUCGAUUGAGAAGGGUGCAGAGGUAGUCCCAGUGGGAAGGCCAGGAGGAGUGCUGAUCACUCAGCCAUUGGGACCAUCUGUUCUUACCCCACCCCCUCCAGUGGGAGCCACAUGGAGGAGGCUGGUGGGUGUCUGUGGAUUGAGGAUGCGGCAGGGACUGGUGCUGCCACCUCCCUCCUGCCAAAGAUGGGGCUCUGCCCGCUGUGUGCCUGUCACCACCCACCAGCAGUCAUGCCCUGGCUUCCAGAUGGAAAGGUGGCAAGCAAAAUUAAAAAAAGAAAGAAAAGAAAACAGGAAACUUUAUUGUGUUGGGGGGAGGUGGGAGGGGAGAUGAGAAAACGGUUUGGAUUUUGUGUGGGUUUUUUUUUAGUAGUUGUCUGUAACUUUCCUUAAGUGCUUUUUUUUCCUUUUCUUUUUUAAAGUAAAUUGCAGGCUUUGGCUUAGAAAACCCCAGGGGGGUGGGGGGCAGAAACCUGAGGCUGCUGCCCCUUUAUCUGCCUUCACGGUACUGUCCCCUUCCUCCAGCUCCUCCCUGACCCCAUGAGCCAGGCCGCAGACCUUCCAGCUAACCGCUUCCCAUGAGCCACUACUCUGAUGUCAGCCUAUAACCAAAGGAGCUGGGGGUCUAGGCCUGGUGACCAACCCUUCUCAGCCCACUCAAUCAGGGUGCUCCCCACCUGCAGGCAGGAGGCAACACCCUAUCUGCUACAUCAGCCCCUUCCAGAGCCCACCUGCCCCACCUAGCCCUGCCCUGCCCAGCCCAGCCAUACCCUGCUCUGCCCCAUCUGGGGUUGCUCUGCUCAGGGAUGGGCCGGCAGGGCUGCACCCAGCCUCCCUGGUAAGCAGAGACUCAAGAAACCUCUGGGGUCCUGUUUUCUUGUCAUGUGAUCCCAGGGGUGCACAUGGACCCCACGGGUGUCUGAACAGAAGGGCAUGGGAGGGAGGGCCGCACCCCUGCAGCCUUGCUCUGCUGGUAUAGCGGGCAACUGCCCACCCCCCGCCACAUCCUGCACCGCGGGCUCCUGAGUCGGCAGAUUAAGCAUUUUAUAAAUUGUAUUUUAAAUACAUGUUUUAAACUUGUCA